CUCGGGAGAAGGGGGGCCCCGGGUGCAGGCCAGGGGGCAGUCGGCCAGUGGCUUCGGAUCUGUCCGAGGAAGCAGUCGUCCCGCGGUCCCGCCGGCGUCAUGUCAUUCUGCAGCUUCUUCGGGGGCGAGAUUUUCCAGAAUCACUUCGAACCAGGUGUCUAUGUGUGUGCCAAAUGUGGCUAUGAGCUCUUCUCCAGCCGCUCGAAGUAUGCACACUCGUCCCCGUGGCCGGCCUUCACCGAGACCAUUCAUGCCGACAGCGUGGCCAAGCGUCCCGAGCACAAUUCGCCUAAAGCCUUAAAGGUGUCCUGUGGCAAGUGUGGCAAUGGGCUGGGACAUGAGUUCCUGAAUGACGGCCCGAAGCCAGGGCAGUCCCGCUUCUGAAUAUUUAGCAGCUCGCUGAAGUUCAUCCCGAAAGGCAAAGGAACUUCUGCCUCUCAGGAGCCAUAAUUGGGUGGCACAUACUCGUUCUAGCCCGGACACUGCGCUGUGGCCACACUCUGGCCAUCCCACCUCGGAACUGGAACCCCAGACACUCAGACAGGGAAGGGGUUAGCUGACGCAUCAGGAAGUCUCGGCUCUGCACAGGUUCUGCUGGGGAAGGGCACUGCCCUGGCGCCAUAGCCCGCGCCCUGCUGCCAGGGUGGGCCCAGAGGGCCCCACUGCGGGCUUACCUUGGCCUCCUGCUCAUCUGGGAGUCUCAGCGAGGUGGGCUGUAAGCACGCCCCCACCUUCUCUUCCCCUCAGCCCCCUGCUCCCUCCCUGUCUGUCUGGACUCGUCCCCUGAGGGACCCGAUUCUGAGCCCGGCUCUGGCCCUCGCCAUAGCUCACGCCCACCUCCCCCAGGCUGGGCUGCCAGACAGUGCGGAGGGAGGCAGCCCUCACCGGCCGCUCUGGCUCUAGUCACUACAUGAUUCACUCCGGUCAAAGCCUUCCUGGCAGCCAGAGUGCUGAUGACCCGUGACCGCUGGAGGCGCAGGCCAGGGGGCCAGACUUCCGGCCUCUCAGUUCCGAGAGGAGACGUCCCGAGCCCGGUUUCACAACCUCGCCUCACUCGGGCUUAGGAAAGUGGCUGUUGCUCCAUCACCUUGGUUGUGCAAGGCCGGGGCCACACCUUCCCAGAGAGCAGGGACUGUGCCUUCUUGUGCAGGCUCCUAAGCCCUCGCUGCCGGGGACGGUGGGUGAUGCCGAAGCCCCCCCCCCAUCUCCAGAGUAACCGGGGUGUCAGUAAACAAAAGGAACCCAG